AUGGCAAUAGUUCAAGGGUUAGUUUUAGCAACUGUACUAAUUUUUGCAGCAGCAACCACUUUUUUGGCUUCUGCUGCAUCUGCCGUCAAAUAUGUGCUUGGUGACUCCUUGAGAGAAAUUGGAAACAACAAGUACCUUCAAUAUUCUCUUGUAAAGUCUUAUUAUCCAUGGCAUGGGAUUGAUUUUUCCAGUGGACAAGCGACCAGAAGGUUCACAAAUGGGAGGAUUAUUGGUGAUAUGAUAUCUGCAAAACUUGGGAUUCAAUCACCACCAGCAUACGUUUCCUUUCAAAGAUUGUCCUUUGAUGCUCAGAUAGAUUGCUUUAAAAAGACUAAAGAAGUAAUCAAGACUAAAAUGGGAGAAGCUGCUGCUAACAAGCACUGUAAUAAGGCCCCGUAUUUUGUUGGAAUUGGUAGCAAUGAUUAUGCGAAUAAUUUUUUGCAGCCAAUUUUAGCAGAUGCCCAACAUGAUGAAUUUCUAGAACUCUUACCAUCAACCUUAGAUCAACAACUAAUGUGUAACCUAAAAAUGAUUGAUUUGAUGAGGCCAUACCAAAUGGGUGCAAGAAAAGUAGUGUUCCAUGGGCUUGGCCCUCUGGGCUGCAUUCCUUCCCAGGGGGUGAAAUCCAAGAAAGGCAUAUGCUUGAAGCGAGAUUGUAACACCCUAGUAGAGAAGCUAAUAACUACUCUGAACCGAGGUGCCAAUUUCUUGUUUGCAGAUAUAUAUGGUGAUGUUUUAGAUUUGAUCACCAACCCUUCCGCUUAUGGUUUCAAGGUCUCAAACACCUCUUGCACUGUGGAUAACGCCGCAAGUGGCUUGUGCUUGCCCAACUCAACACUAUGCAAAAAUCGAAAGGAAUAUGUUUUCUAGGAUGCAUUUCAUCCUUCUGAUGCCACAAAUCAAGUACUUGCUGAAAAAUUAUUUCCUUCCCCUUCUGCUGCACCAAAGCCUUCUCCCUCUGUUAUUUUUUGUGGUUUGAAAUUUGAAUAUGUUUUUUCAUGGACCCGAAUUGUGACACGAUCCGAAAGUUUCGUGGAGUUAAAAAGUGAGAUCUGUGAUGGUAGCGGAGGGCACGAGCCGAUAGGCCUGGGCCCAAAGCCCACCAUUGAUUGCCCCCGCGGAGAAAGCUUGAAAGAAAGGGAAUCCAAAUCCUCCUUUAAUUCAGCCAAGCUACCUGCUUCUAAAGUGCUUGACAGAGCCUUCUUCUUCCUUCCAAAAGACAGAGAUCCAAUGAACCUCCAGUCUCAUAGAAAAAAGAGUCAUCAAGCAUCUACCAAGCACAAACAAGCAGUCAUACUUGCCUUGAACAAAGGCUUACCAAUCCUCCAAACCCUCUGGUCGGUGUGGUUAAAGCAAAUUCAAUCAUCAUCGAGCAACCAAAAAAAAAAAGAGAAAAAGUGUGGAACUUAUGAGAAAAAGCCAGAAUCUAUUAGAAAUAGAAAUCUGCUUGUCCAGAAGCACCUUUGA